AUGCAUAUUCAGUCGCAAGACCUAGCACUUAGGACGAAAGACAUGCACAUUCUCCUUGUGGAAGGGUUGAGGGCAAACCUUGAUGAUGUUUAUGUGAAUGCUUGUAAAGCAAGGAUUAUAAAACUCAAGGAAGAAGUCAAGGAACACGAGCAGACGAUCUCCCGUCUCAAAGCUAAGUUGAAAGUGGAGGAGGCCAAGUUGAAGAAGCAUAUUUCUUUCUAA